UGUUGGGUUCCACACUGAACGUUCCACACCUGAGUGUCUUCACGUUCUCCUGUCAGUGUCUGAGAUCAGGGUGGUUCUGAUGGGGAACAGCCUGUCUGAGAGGACAGCAGCAGCUAACUUCAUCCUGGAGGUUCCUGCCUUCGGCCCCGGUGAAGAACCGGACCUUCAGCCGGCCAGAGGACUGCUGAAGGACAAGGAGAUAGUUCUGAUCAACACUCCAGAUCUGCUGCACCCCACCGUCUCCCAACACAAACUAACAGAACACGUAGAGCUCUGCGUGAGACACUCUGCUCCUGGACCUCAUGUGUUCCUGCUGGUUCUGCAGCCUGAAGACUUCACCGAGGAACACAGGCUGAGGCUCUGCAGAGUCCUGAAGCUCUUCAGCGACACACCCUUCGAUCACUCCCUGGUUCUGAUAUCGACGCCCAAAAAGAAGAAGUCGGGCUUCAUGGAAAAGUUCAGGUUGCAUCCGCCCUUAAAACACAUGAUCAAACUGUGCCGGUACAGGUUCUUGUGGAGGGAAAACCUCGAACACUCGGAGCUGUUCUCACGCCUGGUCCAGGUUCUGAAGGAGAACAACGGAGAACAUGUGAAACGUGACACUCAUCAGUAGAAACGCCUGCUGCUGCCGCUCUCUGGGAGAAGACACCCAGAAAGUAAACGUGCAAAUCAGGCAGAAAAAGGACAUAAAAAACCUGUGGAAGAAUGGAAUGUUCAAAGAUGAAUAAACAAGUUUUUGACAUGGACAUUAUUGACAGUUUUGACCUGUUGUGAUACAUUCAGCAUGAAAAGUAAUAAUUUUAUUUGUGACUUUAGUGGUCAUUGUCUUUCAUUUAACAAAAAAUACAUAAUCGCAGUAAGUUGACAUAACAAUGUUGAUAACUUGGAUGCUAUUGUACAAAGUGUGAAAAACCAAAAUAUUCACACACAAAACUGUCACAUGCCGACAUAUUAACGCAAAACUAUAUCAAUAUUGUGCUAAUGACACAGAAAAAUGUAAAUAAAACUGAAUAUGAACACACUAAAGUUUAGAAACCUGGACAUUAACAUACAAAAGUGUCAACAAUCUGCACAUUAACACAUUAAAGUGUUAAGAACCUGG